GCGAAUCGAAAGUUAACGUUGUCGUGUUGCCCUGGCAACUAGGGCCCAAACAAACGAAAUCGGGAAAUCUAUCCCACACAUCAAAAGACUUCUCGUCAUCCGAUUAGGAAAAUGUUUAUUCUCGACAGAAUACUGCCGUUUAUUUUUAGCUAUAUAAGGCCGUUUAUUAAGUGGUUCCUGCACGCCUUCACCAGGCUCUCGGAGCUGCAGAGGAUUUGCUAUGGUGCCAGAGCAGGUGCCAGUCGAACCAGUCAGGUGGAAAGGUCGCUGAUUUUGUCGAAAAGACCGCAGAUUCGUCGACUUGUACUUGACCUUGAUGAGGCGGCGCCAUAUGUGGACAACGCGGAGCUGCUGAAGUUCGCUCCUCGCGCUGCUCGCAUUGUCAUGCAAGCGAAACGCAUCAAGAACAAUGUACACCCCGACUUUGCCCGCCUGUUUGGCACCUGUGUAACGAGUAUUUGGGGCUACCGCCGCCUUAUGCAUCAGGUGGAGCAGCUGCGGGCGGAGAAAUACGACUCGGAUAACCUGGACCACGAGCAAAAGUUGCUGCGACUAUGGCAACUCCUGAUGCCAGAGGCUCCUCUCACUGGACGCGUAAGCAAGCAGUGGCAGGACAUCGGCUUCCAGGGCGACGAUCCCAAGACAGACUUUCGGGGAAUGGGGAUGCUCGGACUGGAGAACUUGCUGUACUUCGCCACUGCCUAUAACGACGCCGCCAAGCAUGUGCUCCUGCAUUCGAUGCAUCCCACCCUCGGCUACACUUACGCCAUUGUUGGCAUUAACCUUACCUCUAUGGCCUUCAAUCUAGUUAAAACGGGCGCCGCCAAAACUCACUUCUACAAUCUGGUGGUGCAGCACAGGCAGGACUUUAGUACUGUGGAGGAUUUUCACAAGCUGUACUGCUAUCUGUUCUUCGAAUUUGACCGCUUCUGGAUGGACAGCGACCCGCGCAAUAUUAUGGACUUCCGCGAGAUCUAUCAGGCCUUUGAAAUAACAAAACUGGAGGCCUUGCACAAUGAUAGCACUAUUUUUAAGACCAAUUUGGUUGUAGAAUCCGUCUAAAAAUACAUAUGUAAAACUAUUAAUAUGAAAA